UCCGUGACUGAAAUCGGGCAUCGCGCCAUCACUUCUGCUUAGCAUAAUUAAUGCCAGACAGAUUGUGCAGCCGUUCCACGAUCACAAAACCUUUCCGAACAGGCGACUGAAGAUCAAAGGUCUUGUAUCGAAGAGAGUAGGCCACGGUCAUGGCACUUGAUGAGGACUCGGAGUCGUCUACUUCAGACAUGGGGCAAAUGGCUGGCUAGCUAGCUUGCUAAUGCUAGCGCAGCAUGCGCUUGAUCGGUUCAAGUCCAGUCGUCAUGAUCUCACUGAACGCAGGCCUACAUAAAAUUACUCUUGGCCUACAUGGACUGCUGUGGCACGGCAAGACAUUUUUUUGAGACCUAUGAACCCACGAUCGUCACCACCCGUCAAAUUCAUAAUCUACGGACUAUUUUUACGAAAUUGACCUUGGAUGAUGGCGGACGGAAGAUUUUCCUCCAUGAAUUGACAAAAUCGAGCGAUUAAGCGCUCGUCAUCUAUUGCGCAAGGGUGACCAGUACUAAAUCCAGCAUUAAAUGCUGUCGUCAUCGUGAACGUUUUACCAAACCUACAGAUCACACGUCAUUUUCGGUUAUCCAACGAGUGUUCAAGAUGCAGGAAUUCUUACAAAUGGACUCUCGUCAGUUUUAAGAAGCCAGCUGAUGUAAUAAUUAUGUUGUGCAGAACGGGUCUAUAGCGAGAUGUGGAACGGGACCCUGACUUGAAAAGUCUAUCAUUCUCCGGAUCGUUUACUCUCGUCCCAAGUUGGUUUUAUUGUACGUCGUCGAAGUUGCAGGCAACUGAGUGGCACUGGCAUGAUGAUAUUGAUAAUUUAUGUUAUGGACUCAUUGCUAUGUGACCUGCAGUGAUUCCGAUCGGCAGGAUGUACUGUACUGUACUGUACAUACAUGCACAUGUACAUGUACAUGUACAUGCAGUCUACGUACUGUAUGCAGCAACUAAUGGGAUAUACCUGCACAUGUACAACUUCACUGCACAGGGCGAAGACACGAUGCUGGAAGUGAGUCAUACGGCGUGCUGAAAUGCUAAGCCGCUGCUCGUGGAAAAGGACGCAAGUGAGUUAUUUUGUCACACAACAACCAUGUUACCGAGUACUAUUCAUUUGCAUAAAUUUUCAUUGUUAUGUUUUGAUGUACGCCGUGAACUGCAGUCUAGUAAUGACGACAUCUCAUGUACGGGACAUCCGGCAUUGCAGAGUCAUGCGACGGGAACUUCCCUGUGCAGAAUACAUACUGUGUACUGUGCGGUGCGAGCUUCGUCGGUUGGUUGUCUCGAGCCGUACGUGAAUCAUAUCCUGUACAUGUACAUCGACGCAUGGAUGGAGGACAGAAUACGGAAAUACAAAACGAAUUUGUUGACGUGUGUCACUAAAACGAUCGUGUGAACUAAAAAGGUAUUCACGUGUUGAUAAUCGCUGUGGCCACAGAUUGCAAAACGGCCUGUCUUUGUACGGGAAAUGAAUCUUGUGACCGGUUAUUGUGCAUAUCGAGAGGAAUACUAAACAUCAUUGUAGCAGUAGUUUCACUACUAUACCAUGUUAGGCACCGUCAGGGUCGUUAGUGCAGUAGGUCGGAUGAAAUGUGAUCGACUUCUAAGAGGUUUAAUUUACAGGUCACUGUAAGUGUACUCCACUGUCAGUAUCGUAUGUUGUAAAGUGAGCACUUCGUGAAUUAGCAGGCCUAGCUAACCGCGGCGUACGCUAGGACCUCCCUAUAUUGGAUCUGUUAUGCUGAACAGCCAGCGGGGAAGAUCGAGAGUUACGUAUGUAAAAUUCAUUUCUGCACAAUGUGCCUUAGGACGUACUCGUUAAUGCGGAUAUUUUACACAAUCGUAUUCGUGUACAUCUUUAUCGUGGGUUUAUUGGUGGGUUAUAGUGUGAUCGCUCCCGAUGCCCGCCCUUCUAGUUCUACUUUGACCACUGCACAACCUACAAUUCCGGGCAUAUUGGACUUAUCAGAAGAAACCUCGAACAAGUCAGAUAUACCUCGGAAAAGGGAAGAAUCGCCACCGACUUAUAAGGAAAAGGUUCCCAACUGGGACAACAUUACCACCGUUCCGCUAUUCAGCGACGAAGUGAUCAACCCCCAUCCCUUCAGCUUCACCAUUGCCAACCGGGACGCGUGUUUCAGGAGAAACGACACGGGUGACGGGAUCUUCCUGGUCAUACUCGUCAAGUGCCGGCUCAACGAGACUUACGACCGACAGCAGAUCCGACAAACCUGGGGAGGCGUUACGCAGGUCCUGGGGCAACGAACCCUGACGAUGUUCCUGGUGGGCCAGUCCACAGACCCAGCGACCAACAGAAAACUGAGAGAUGAAGACAACGACCACCACGAUUUCAUCCAAGAAGAUUUCAUCGACGCCUACCACAACAUGACACACAAGACCAUCAUGGGGCUUAAAUGGGUGGCCACAUUUUGUCCCCAAGCAAGCUACGUGCUCAGCAUCGACUCAGACAUGACUCUCAAUAUCUAUAAUCUGGUGGUUAGGCUGACCCAAAUGCCUAGGACCAGCUUUGCUGAAGGGAAUCUGCGGGUUGACCCGCGGCCCCACAGGAAGAGAGAGUCCAAGUGGUACACUCCUUAUGAGAUGUACCCUGAGCCGUCCUACGCGCCAUUUUUAAACGGCGCGUGCUACGCCAUGUCCGGCGAUGUGGCCUCAUCCGUGUACCGCGAAUCUGUGCACGUACGGUUUUUGCAGUGGGACGACGUCUUCGUCGGUUUAGUCAUGAAGCGACUUGGGGUGGAGCCGAAACUGUCGCCGCUCUACGAACAGUUCCUCGCUGUCAGGGUUGCCUUGAGACACGGCAUAGGCAAAGGACUCCGACACAACACUUACAAAGUGAACGAGUACGUCAUCAAAACUUGGCGGAAUAUUGUCGGGAAGAAUUUACGAGAGCAGUACGAGACACCGACUUAUGUCCUGGCUUUGCUGUUGUUCAACGCUUGUUUUAUUUCGGCUGUCUUCAUCUGCUGCAGCAUUUAUAUCUAUACUACAGCAGACUGGGAGAAAACUGAAACCUUACGGGUCUGAUUAGUUUAUUUCUCCAGAAGACGAUACCCUCCAAAGUUUCAACCACAUUUUUAGACUCCUUCGUCCCUGCGUUCUUAUUUUGGUACAUUAAAAUCAGUUAGGGAAAGGUCACAUAUAAUUAGAAGUUUCAAAUUUCAUGAGUAGUCCAUCUGUGUGUCUGUAUGUACAUGUAUAUCCGCACCAACCUGCACCUUUUUGAAGCACAAUUUGAUCCACGAGGUUGUAUUAUCUGUAGAUUUGAUUUCCAAAUACUCAGGUUAUUUUAAGUCGUUUGGUCGAUCGAAGUGCAACUGGGGUUUGUGUACAUGUACGUUCCAUUGUUCGCUACGUACAACCAAAUCCAAAUAACCGCAGAUGCACUUUAGACAGGCUUAGUACUUAAGCCAAUGAACCGCGAUGUUUCUAAAUGCACUUUUUCUCAAUGCUGCAUAUUAUAAAUAUUUAUUGCCAGGUGUUUCUGAAACAGUAUGGGCCUAUAUUAUAAUGACUUGAACACUAAGGACAUAAUGCGCAGUACUGUCACCACUGUGCUGGUAAAUUAUACAUGUACACGUGUUCCUUUUGGCUUGAUCCCGUUGAAACUGUUCUUCAAUAUUGCCUAAUAAUCCCAUUUUCUGAAAUUGACAGCCUCGAAAUCCACAGCAAUGGUCGUAACCUGUUUGUUUAGCGAACAGGUUACAUGUACUUACUGUGGAGUAAAAUUGCUGUGUGGCAGUGUUGUAAAAUCACGACGGAAUAUUUCUCCUGUUGGUAAUUUGAUUGUGUGUCUCAUGGUCAGCAGCACCAUCAUGAUUCAUAGUUAUUGAUCUUUCCCGCCAUUCUGGUAAAUAGCGGUAUACAUGUACUUAAGAGUUGUACGCCAUUGUCUGUUUGAAACUAUCUCUCUCAGCGGUAAAAUUAUUGAUCGGGUCAUAUUUAAGUUUUUGUCUUGAUUUUUUCCCCCAGUUGCAACAAAUAUAACUUUUAAACCACUUUCGUCCUGUCUGUAUUCGGCAUGUUCGGAUGGUACCGUUGAUGUUCGGUUAUUCCCGACGGGAUAGGUAGGCUAGCUGUUCAACGUAAACUCCCGUAUCCCAAUGUUGACAGCUUUUGAUCCUACAAUAUUUGACUUUAUACACUGAAAUCGAAGGUCGCCUUGGCUGACAUCCCAGGCGAAAUCCAGAAUUUUCUGUCUUCGACCAACGCAGGCUUUGUGCCUGAAACAUGCUCACAGUGGGGAUACACUUGCAGUAUUGCCCACUGGAUAUGGGAAAAGCCUCAUUUUUGAGAUGUUGCCACUGAUGAAAUCGAAUAUACCAGGGUUCUCAACUUAUGACCCCCGACCCUUGUGUCAUAAUUAUUUAUAUCAGUGGGUAAUGCCUGACCUAAGAUUUUGUAACAAGAGUCGUCAGGAAAUCUUUGGGCAGGGAACAAGACUAUCUCCUUAUAUAAGCCGCGUGUACACGGACUCUUGACUAAUCAGAAUGGAUUGAACUGCCUCGCGUGCUCUCAGGUGCAGUGCGUGAUUUACGCGGCGGGCAUUAUCAAAUGUUAACAAAAGGGAGACAAUGGGUAUUUAUGAAUGUAAUUUUAUUGGAUAAUAAAGGAGUUGAGAUGCAACAUAAAGUUGACAUUUGCAUCAAAACCAU